AUGGGUGCUGGAGCUGCGUCCGCUACGGAAGCAGCCAAGAACGCAACUGUGGAAGAGCUCAAGACGACCAUUGCAGGGGCAAGCCCCGAGCAGCAACAGAAGCUCACUGACGCCCUCAAAGGCCUGGAAGGCAGAUCUGUCGUGGAAGACGAGGCACCAGGCGCGGGAGGACCCUGCCCCGGUCCGGUGGACUGCUCUGUCAUCUCCACCGUGGCCAAGGAUUUCAAGGGCCUGUCAACGCAGCCUGCCUCACCGAAGUUCAAGGGCGCCUUAGUACAGAUCUAUGUUCGCACCCAGAAGCUCGGUGGCACUGACAAGAGCAGCAGCGGGAACCGCUACGACAGCCUGGUGAUGGCCAACGGCAUGAUCCGGUCUGGACUGAGCUGCCAGCUUAUCCACUACACGCAUGAGGAACACGACAAGUUCUUCGAAUUGUGCAAGAGCUUCGACUUCAUCAUCGUCCGAUGUGAGCCAGGCCAGAUUAAGGCAGAUGGCGGAGAUCAAAGAAAGUUUGACGAUGGUAUGCGUGCCAUUCGAGACAUGGGCAUCCAGGUGUGGCCUUCCCCAGAUGUGAUGGAGAAGAUGGGAGCCAGGGACGCCCUGUGCAAGGUGGCAGACAUGAAUAUCGGCUUGGCAGACACCCUGGCGUACUACACGCCGGAGGAGUUCAGCGCCGGCUUCAAGAAGACCAUGGCCUUCCAGCCCAGGGUCAUCAAGCAGGCUCGCGGCUCCUCGGGAGAAGGCGUCUGGAUCAUCAAGCUCAAGAAUGGCAACUACUGCCAGGAGUUUGGAGAGCGUCUCUGCGAUGAUUCCGAGGUCCUCACGCUCAUGGAGGCCAAUGACAACCACCAUGAAGAGCACACCGUGGCAGAGUUCAUCGAGUUCUGCUCCAAUGGCCGCACUGACAAAUCUGGAACAUGGACAUCCGAGGGUGUGGGCAAGUAUCUGGAGGCCGGUGGUCAACUGGUUGACCAGCGCUUCUGCCCCCGCAUCCUGGAGGGCGAGCUCCGUUACAACCUCAUUGCCGAUUCUCUGGUCGGAAUCACCCACAAGAAGCCGCAGGAGGGAGGCAUCUCGGCCGUCGGCGGAACCGGUUCUACGUACACCUACUAUGAACCGGAGGAGGCCCUGUUCAAGAACCUGACCACCAGCUUUCUGGAAAAGGACCUACCACUGAUGAUGCGAGCUCUGGAUCUUCCAACUGAGCCUUUGCCCCUGUGGUGGACCGUGGGCUUCAUCAACUCAUCUCCGGAGGGCACACCGGCGGAUCAGGAGAAGUGGAUCGUUGGCGAGUUCAGCUGCUCUUGCGUGGGCAUCAGCCGGGCCUUGGCGGCGUGCCACACGGUGGGGGGCGGGGGGGGGGGGUAA